UUAACUGGUUCCUUCAUUCACUGAUAAUAAAAACAUCGUGAUUCGAUUUGUUUUUUUUAGCUUUAUUAAAAUAAUUUUAUAAAACGUAACUUGAUUCGUUAUUGAAAUGAUAGAACAGCAGAGACAAAGAAUUGAACAGGAAAUUACCAAAGUGGUUGAUGACACUGACAAAGAAUAUUUAAGAAAAAUGCAGGUUGAAAUGCAUCGGUGUGCCGCUAAAUGCUGCGAAGAUCAAAAUUCUAGUGUAGAUGUUGUACAACGUUGCGUGGAACGUUGUACAACACCAGUUACUCGAGCUCAAAGGUUCGUGCAAAAUGAAUUAGAAUCUUAUCAACAAAGGUUGCAAAGAUGUGUCAUGCAAUGUAAUGAUGAUAUCAGAGCCGAAAUGUCACCCAAUCCAAAUGAAACAGAAGUUGCAAGAUAUACAGAUAAAUUCGAAAGAUGUGCAAUUAAAUGUGUAGAUAAGCAUUUAGGCCAAAUACCUCAAUUAAUGAAAACUAUAAGGUCAGUACUGUCAAAGGGUGUUAAUAAUAUUCCAGAAGUGUAAAAACAAAAUUACUUUGAUUUCUGCUUAAUAAGUGUUUUAGUUUUUUAGAAAUGUUUUACUUACAUAAUUUAACCUCUUUUUAAAAAUUCAUUGAAAUAAACACUGUUAUUAA